AUCACAUGUUUAUCUGUUGAUAUCUGUACACGAUCUGAAAGUACAAUUUAAUUUCUAAUAAAUUGAAAUUUAAUGGCGACAGGAGAGGAAAUAUUGAGCCAACUCGAACAGAAAGAAGAGGAGGCAGAGAGAAAAAAGAAAAAGCAAAAGGAGAGGAAAGAGCGGGCAGAGAUGAGGAGAAAGGAAGUGGAGGAAAAGAAAAACAAAAAAAGAAAAGCAACAACUAAGAAAGCCACCAAGAGAAAACAAAAAGACAGUGAGGACACCAAUUCAAACGACGAUAUCCCCAUUCCACCACCAUUUGACUGUGAACAGGAUAUUCUGCCAGCAUUGUCCAGGCCUAAGAGGCAUUCAAAAAAACCAAAGAGAUACUUGGAUGAAGACUGUGAAUUGGCCGCCAUAAUUGACGACGUCGAGGAAAACGACCUGGUUAUUUGUACCUUUUGUACCAGCCGGGAGGCUCCAUCCACAAGCACCUGUGACAGGGAAAUAGAUGGCUGGUUUCUAUGUGAACAUUGCAAUCGGUGGUUUCACAAUGUCUGCCAAGGGUUCGACAACAACGAAGCGUUUUCUUCCACAGCAGCCAUAUGCCAGGAGUGUCGCGUCUUCCUGGAGGAGUAA